AUGUUUAUCAAUAGAUGUCGCAGUACAACUAUAACUGCUUUGCGUUUUACUCAAGUGGUAAACCGACAACUAAGAAAAAUGGGUAAUUCUGAAUCGAGAUCAUAUUCUCCAAAUCAACAAUGUUCCUCAUCUAAAAUUGAUUCUCAUGGUACCAUAUCGCGCACUGACUCGCAAGUUGAGUAUGUGGAGGCGAUAGUAUGCCAAUCAACAGAUUUGAAGGAAAAUGAAAUGAAAGUGUUUGACAUAGCUGAACAUGGUAAAGUACUGCUUGUUAAACAAAAAGGAGAAUUUAGUGCAGUAGGUCCUAAGUGUACCCACUAUGGUGCUCCAUUGAAUACUGGAGCCCUUGGUGAUGGAAGAGUGAGAUGUCCAUGGCAUGGUGCAUGUUUCAAUUUGAAAACUGGUGAUAUAGAAGAUUUCCCUGGAUUUGAUUCACUACCUUGUCAUCAAGUUACUGUUACAGACAAAGGAGAUGUAAAGGUACGAGCAAAAUUAGCAGAUCUGAAAUCCAACAAACGAGUGAAAGAUAUAGGAAUAGCAUCACCAUGUGACAGUACUGCGGUUGUUGUUGUGGGAGGUGGUCCAUCUGGCGCCACCUGUGUUGAAACACUAAGAAGUGAAGGUUUUAAGGGCCGUAUCACCCUUGUUUGCAAAGAAAAAUACCUCCCAUAUGAUAGGGUCAAAGUUUCAAAGAUUGGCACUGCUACAGAUAUUGAGAAACUACAGGCAAGAAAUCAACAGUACUACGAAGAAGCCAAUAUUGAAGUCCUCAAGGGAGUAGAAGCUACGAAAGUUAACACGGAAGAAAGAAUAGUUGAGCUCAGCGACGGAAGUAAACUUACCUAUAGUGCUCUGUAUUUAGCGACUGGAUCUAAACCACGAGUUCCUAUCAUUCCUGGCAUUGAGUUAAGCAAUAUAUUCACGGUCCGUAAUUUCGACGAUGCUAUGAACAUUCUCAAUCAAUUAGGGUCAGAUAAGGAGAAAGACGUUGUGGUACUGGGCUUAAGUUUCAUAGGUUUAGAAGUCGCGUCCUCUUGCGUUUCCAAGGCCAAGUCGAUGACUGUUAUUGGCAAGGAUACAGCACCACUAGGUCAAAUAUUUGGUACAGACAUAGGCAAAAGCUUACAAACUCUAUUCGAAAAUAAUAAUGUAAAGUUUCAUUUUAAAACAACAGUUGUGAAAUGUAAUGGCGAAAAUGGAGUUCUGAAAUCUGUAGAACUUGAAAAUGGGGAAAUAUUACCAGCAGAUAUGUUGGUUUUGGGAAUAGGCACAACAUUUUACACCGAUUUUAUUAAGGACAGUGGUAUUAACUUAUUACCCAAUGGUGCUGUCAUUGUCAAUGAUAAACUUGAGACUAACAUUAAAAAUGUUUAUGCGGGCGGCGACAUAGCUCACGCUCCCGUUUUCGCCAAUAAUAAUGAUCAGAUGUCCAUUGGGCAUAUUGGUUUGUCUCAAUACCAUGGUCUAGUGGCGGCCAAAAACAUAUUAAAAAGGGAAACACCUUUGCAUACUGUUCCCUAUUUCUGGACAAUGCUUUUUGGAAAAUCAAUUAGAUAUGCUGGUUGUGGAAGACCAGUUAGUUCUUUAAUAGAAGGCAAUGUUGCAGAGCUUAAAUUUGUUAUAUUCUUUUUUGAUAAGUCGGAUAAGGUUAUAUCUGUUGCGUCUUGCAUGAGGGAUCCAGUAGUGUCGCAAUUUGCUGAGUUACUUCAUCAAGGUAAAUCUAUUUACAAGAAAGACCUUGAAAGUGAUUUCUUUGCUUGGACCACAACAAUUAACUAG